AUGGCCACGUCAGCACUUAAUCUGGAAGCUGCCACCGACUACUCUGCUGAUGGGUUCAUCGCUGCCUAUCGGAGAUUCAUGAGUCGACGAGUUCAUUGCAGGAACCUCUUCAGUGAUUGUGGAACAAAUUUCGAUGAUGCAGAUAAGGAGCUGAAGAGGUUGUUCUCCACUGGAUCAAAGGAGUUCCAGCAUCUCUCAGCAGUUUGCCUGCAAGACGGUACUCGGUGGUCUUUCAAUCCACCUGGCGCCCCUCACUUUGGAGGAAAAUGGGAGGCAGCGGUAAAAUCAGUGAAGUAUCAUCUCUCUCGAAUGAUUCGGGAUACUACGCUGACGUUCGAGGAACUCUCUACGCUGCUUACCCAGAUUGAAGCUGUGCUCAACUCCAGACCUCUACAGGCUCUCUCUGAAGACCCCGACGACGUGUUGUGUCUCACUCCGGGGCAUUUUUUGAUUGGAGAAGCUCCAAUAGCUCUACCGGAACCUUCACUAGACCAUCUCAACGAUGGACGACUCUCAAGAUGGCAACUGAUUCAGCAGAGGCUGCAGUAUUUCUGGAAACAGUGGUCUACAGGAUACCUGCAGCAGCUUCAGUCCAUCUCCAAGUGGCAUCAUCCGUCCAACGACAUUCGUAUCGGCUCUGUUGUUCUGCUCUCCGAUGAGAGGUUCCCGCCAGCGAAGUGGCCUCUAGCUCGGGUCACAGCUCUACACCCUGGGAAGGAUAGUCUCUCCAGAGUUGUGACCAUCAGGACAGCAACGACGACAUUGACUCGGCCGAUCUCCAAGCUGUGUUUCAGGCUCUAUCAUGGCUUUCUCGAGAACCUGGUCACCAACAAGUUGCUGACGGGAGGGAGAAUGUUGAGGCUUCAGCCUCACGUCACGGCAGUUUCACCACUGUUAGAGAACAGGGGUGACGAUAAGAUUCAGAGCGCUCCAAAAUUGCAGGGGGCGGGACCUGGUCGUCUUCUCCGGUCCACUGGAUCCACUCUAGCCAAUGGAAUAACUCCACGUGUCAGGUAG